AUGAGAAGAUCUAAACUUGAAUGCUCCAUAACCUGUAUUAGUGAAGGAAAUUGUGUGGCCUUCAGCUACAAUAAAACUUCUGGGCUGUGCAAUGUUUGUAGUGACUACAGCGUGAAAAGUCUAGUUGUUGACACGGGACCAAGUGAAACAUUUUACGUGCUACGGCAGAACAUUCAGUAUGUAGAAAUGUCGGACUCAUCAAACGUUGACACAUGGCUCGACCUACCCUGUGGACUGACAGUUGGAAAUAUGAUUGUGCUUCGUGGUGUGUACGCCAAUUCCAGUGGAUUUAUUUUUGAAGUCCAUCAAGACAUCGAUAUCCAGAUCCUACAUUUUAGACCCAGAGAUUAUCUUAUAGCCAUUAACCACUUUAUGGACGGCCUAUGGGGAGAAGGUGUUUAUCUUAAGCCUACUCCCGAGGUCUUUCCGUUCAAACAUGGGGAAAAAUUUGUCGUGCACAUUCUGGCAUUAGUCGACAACUACGCCAUUUUUGUGGAUGGGAACUUCCUGCACAGCUAUCAAUAUGUGAUACCCCCAACUGAUGCACGGUUGAUAAGAGUGACUGGUAGCAUUAAGUUAUUGCAAAUUGUGCUUCGUGGUGUGUACGCCAAUACCAGUGGAUUUGUUUUUCUACUACAUCGAAACAGCAAUGAUCAGAUGCUAAAUUUCAGGCCCAGAGAGAAUUCUAUAACCAUUAACCACUUUAUCAACGGCCAAUGGGGAUACGAAGUUCUUAAUACUCCCCAGGUCUUUCCGUUCAACGUGGGAGAAAAAUUUGUAGUCCACAUUCUGGCAGGAGUCAACAACUACGUCAUUUUUGUGAAUGGAAACUACCUGAACAGCUACCAGUACGUGCUACCCCUAAGUGCUGUACGGUUGAUGAAAGUGAAUGGAAGCAUUAAGUUAUUGCAAGUCGGUGUUUAG